UUCUCUCUUUCGCGUUCACAGACACGCAUCUGACAUCUGACCUCUGUUCAAGCCCAGAAGAUCAUUGAUCACAUGGACACAAAUGAGGCGAUCACGUUCUUGCUCCCCCAUAUUCUUUUUCUUCAAAUCGCACUUCUACGGCCGCUUGCCUUACAACGGACGCCCUGAAGGAGCAUGAUCAAAACACACGCCCCGUUUCUCCUUUCGCCCUGCUCAAUAUGGCUCCGGAGCAGAGAAUCGGUGGCUUAUCAGAUAUCCCAAUACUCCCUCCUUCGUCCACACGCUCUUCACGAAGGUCACGGUCCAGCAGCCCGUCCAGACCAAGUGAUGCACAAUAUCGACGCGGAGCUCUCCGGCGGGCGAAUAUCUGCGUCGAUGAAGAGAUUCCCAUGGAUAUCCGCCGAUAUACGGAUAGUAGGGUCUUUCACAUCCCCGACAAGGUUAAUGAUCUAUACAAGGUCUCCGAGCGGCUCUGGGGCUUAUCCAACCAAGGAACUCGUCCGGAAACCAUCCGGGGAAAGCCGAAUGGACACGAGAAAUUAUCGGAGAGGAGAGGAGUCUUAUGUUUAAGUUACCGUUUCAUGAAGAGGAGCAGGGUCGACCGUCUUGAUUUGUUUCAUCAACUAUUCACAGUACCACCGGGGGGGUUCUGCGAGCUUAAUUAAAAUCUACGCGCCACGCCCCCCAGGAAUGGUAGAGUAGAUCUUCUCGGUGGUGGGGUGCACUGCAGGAUGGACUUGUACUGUACCUGGACAAUCAUACUGUCUGUCGCCCAUGAAUAAGUUGCCCCGAUGUCUUUGUUGAUGGGCGGUGGAUCGAGUACUGUACCUAUACAGCCUGGAGCCCUCCUAAGCAUCCCAAUACCUGCCAG